AUGCCUCCAUUUGAGAAACCCCAGCAGCCUAAACCCUUCAAACAGAGGAAAAGUUUUGCAACGAGGAAACAAGAGGUUGUCGGAAUCCGAACGAAAUUUCCCACCAAAAUUCCAGUGAUCAUUGAAAGAUAUCAGCGGGAGAAGUACCUUCCACCGCUGGAUAAAACCAAAUUCCUCGUUCCACAAGAGCUCACCAUGACCCAGUUCGUGACAAUCAUCAGGUAG